AGCCGCUGGUCGGCAGAACAGUGAAACUCGGAACGCAAUUUCCGCGGUUGCAGUUUUCCCGCCGGAGGCUGGGUGUGCUGCAGCCUUCCUCCCGCGCAGGCGCAGUGCCACCCAGAGAGGAUGGAAGCCGUGGGUUUUCUGUGUUUGGUCGCUGCGGUCGUAGCGUGGGGCUUCCUCUGGGUUUGGGACUCCUGGGAAAGAAUGAGAAGUCAGGAGCCGGCUGGCGUCCCGGGAGGUGGAAGUAAGACCCUCCUGGUGAUCGCGCACCCCGACGAUGAAGCCAUGUUCUUUGCUCCCACUUUGCUAGGCUUGGCCCGCCUGAGGCACCGGCUGUCUUUGCUCUGCUUCUCUGCAGGAAAUUACUACAAUCAAGGGGAGAUGCGUAAGAAAGAACUUUUGCAGAGCUGUGAUGUUUUGGGGAUUCCACGUUCCAGUAUAAUGAUUAUUGACAACAGAGACUUCCCAGAUGACCCAGGUGUGCAGUGGGACACAGAGCGUGUGGCUGGCACCCUCCUCCAGCACGUGGAAGCUAACGGCAUCAACCUGGUGGUGACGUUCGAUGCAGGGGGAGUCAGUGGUCACCGAAAUCAUGUUGCUCUGUAUGCAGCUGUGAGGGUGCUCGGUGCUCACGCUUCAGUCAGUGAAUGUGUUGCGCAAGUACAUCUCCCUUCUGGACCUGCCCUUUUCUCUGCUUCAUACCCGGGAUGUCCUCUUCGUGCUCACCAGCAAAGAAGUGGCACAGGCCAAGAGAGCCAUGUCCUGCCACCGCAGCCAGCUGCUCUGGUUCCGCCGCCUCUACUUACUCUUCUCCAGAUACAUGAGGAUCAACUCCCUGCACUUCCUCUGAAGCCUGGAGGGGUCUUCUGGGCUAAGGAACACAGGGAGAAGCAAAGACCAGAAUUCCUGGGCCCGGGCCUUGAGCUGGCGGAUCAGCCUGAACUGAAGAGAGCCCCAUGGGGGAGGCCUUCCAGAGCUCUGUGGGUCUGCGCUGAGAAGCUCUAACUAAAGGGGGGACCAUGCAGGCCAAUGGGUGGUCCCAACGUCAGCUUCUUCCUCUGGGGGAAAGCCCCACGGCAGCCCAAACCAAACCAACCCCAGGAUACCAAUAGCUACCCUGACAGCUUCUCAAGUUCUUCCGGAAAACACGCUACAUAAUGGCACCAUGUCGGUCAGGCAUCUAGGACAGAGCCUGCUGUGAUGAUAAAUGCUCUGAAAGGUGCUCCCAGAUCACUUCUCAGAGGCCAUGAGGCAGAAUUUUUAUGUUGUUUCCAAAGCAGCCUCACCAAGCUCACACACACGAGCAGCCCCGAUAGUGAGUGAGUUCAGCCAUUAUUACUUUGAUUCACGUCGUGGCCUCUGUAUCAAGUUUGAGUCCCGAGGAAGCUUCUCUACUUAACCUCAUAGUCGUUAAACCGAUUGGGGCUCCCGAAGGCCAAAGGCCGACCACGAUGCCCAGCAUUUCCUGCUGAGACUGUUACAAAGUGGGCCUGCCCGGAAGGAGCAUCCAGUCAAAGAUCUCAGCUCCCAGUCUUUUGAGGGAAGGAGGAAACAGGAAGACAAAUCAGGAAGUCUUGUGUGUUGUUGUUUUUUUUUAAAUCCUCAACCAAAACUAAACAAAACAAGAAAGCUGAUGUCGUAAAAUUGUGCUACAGACAAAAGCAGUCUGAGGGAUCUGGCUUGGAAACUACUCCCACGGCCCAGCCAACGGUCCAGGCAAGUGGCCCGAGGCUGGGAAGCUUAGGGGUCAAGGGCACAGGCUCCGCAUACUGGUGGGAGGCCAGAUUUACCAACAGUGUAAUCAUGGACAAGGUGUUUAACCUUUGUCUGACUCAGUUGUCUCAUGUGCAAAAGGGAACGCAGUCACGGUACCAACCUCAGAGGAGACUAAGCCUGGUGGGCGCCCAGGAAAGGGUCUGGCAUGCAGUCAGGGCCCAGGAAAGGUGAGUCGCUGGUGUUUGGAGAUGCAUAAGCAGCCCUACCACAGAGGGACUCGCAGGAGUUGAAGUCCUGACACAAAAAGGACCUUGGUGCACAUUGUCCAGGGGUAUCCUUUCUGGCCCUUGGCGGAAGGCCUGCACUGCUGUCUCCAUAGCAACAGGUUACAGACCUGCUCUCUUGAUGGCCUCCUAUGGGCCAAGUGGGACUGAGCCAGAGAACAGGCCCUAAAACAGGAGUCUGAAAUGCAAAUCUGGUUGUUAUCUGUCUACUUAAAAUCUGUCAGUGGCUCCUAAUAGCCUCCUUAGAAACUGUGAGAAGAAAUCAGCCAUUGAUGCUAGAUGGUGGGGGGGUGGGAGCAGAGGACAAGCUGCCUCCUGUCUUGCUUCUGAUAAGACAGGCCCUGAGCCAGCUUCUCCAGACUGCCAGUCUCAGUAUGUAUUAAGAGCUUAUAAAGUACCCAAACCCUGGGGUGCCUGGUGUCUCAGUGGGUUAAGGCCUCUGCCUUCAGCUCAGGUCAUGAUCUCAGGGUCCUGGGAUU